AGGCUAUGUUAUCCUCGAUGACGGCACAAAAGGGUAAAACCUGGAAACACCUUGGAGCACCAGUUACCCACCCUACCUUCAAAAACAAUCGCCUGAACCUGAACAAACGAUCUCACGAGGUGCAGAGCAAUUUCUCGCCUUUCUGUCUCGACAUUUCUUGCAACCUCGCUCGCGUCCCCGUGUCUAUCAGCCCCUCUCUCCCAACCCCGGGUCUGUAGUGUUCUCAUAGGAGGAAAGCGAGAGAAGCAAGCAAGCGAGAAGCUGGAGCAGCGAACACCAAGAAUUCGGUGCCGAAGCGGAGGCGAAGGGGAGGAGGACGAAGGGAAGGGCAGUGACCGAAGAGCGAGCGCGCCACGUUUGAUCUGGGUAUAUUAUGAGUGUUCCAAGACUAAUGCAUCAUCUUUGAUGGUGUACCAAAAAAAUGGUUGUUAACAUCAAGGCCUCAACGAGCUAGCCUGAGACAAGAACACUGGAACCAUGGUUUCAAAAUCAUAUUCAAAUCUGCUAGACAUGACCCCAGGAGAUGGGUUUGACUUUCGACGACCUUUUAAGUCUCUUCCUCGUGUUGUAACUUCUCCUAGCAUUAUAUCUGACCAUGAUUGGGAUUCCAUAAGUGAUGGUGAUUCAGUUGGUUCAGCAUUUUCUAUCGAGAGGAAAAUAAUUGUCGCCAACUUCCUUCCGCUGAAUUGUACAAGAGAUGAAACCGGGGAACUGUCCUUCUCAUUGGAUCAUGAUUCACUACUCAUGCAACUUAAAGAUGGGUUUUCAAAUGAGACUGAUGCUGUGUAUGUAGGCAGUUUGAAGGUUCAUGUAGAUCCCAGGGAGCAGGACCAAGUUGCACAGAAGCUUCUCAGAGAAUAUCGAUGCAUACCUACUUUUCUCCCAUCUGAUCUGCAGCAGCAGUUCUAUCAUGGCUUCUGUAAACAACAGUUAUGGCCACUUUUUCAUUAUAUGCUUCCAAUUUGCCUUGACAAGGGUGAGUUGUUUGAUCGCACCCUGUUUCAAGCCUAUGUCCGAGCCAACAAACUUUUUGCAGAUAAAGUUAUGGAAGCAAUCAAUACAGAUGAUGAUUAUGUUUGGGUUCAUGAUUAUCAUCUCAUGCUGCUCCCUACAUUCUUGAGGAAGAGGUUACACCGAAUAAAGAUUGGUUUCUUCCUUCACAGCCCUUUUCCCUCUUCAGAAAUAUACAGGACUCUGCCUGUAAGGGAUGAAAUCCUGAAGUCACUGCUUAAUGCUGAUCUGAUUGGUUUCCAAACAUUUGACUAUGCCCGCCACUUCCUAUCUUGCUGUAGCAGAUUGCUAGGCCUGCAUUAUGAGUCAAAACGUGGUUACAUUGGAAUAGAGUAUUUUGGCCGAACAGUGAGUUUGAAGAUCCUUUCUGUGGGUGUCCAUGUUGGUCGGCUUGAAUCUGUCUUAAAGUUGCCUGCUACAGUUAGUAAGGUUGAAGAAAUUGAACAAAGGUAUAAGGGCAAGAUACUCAUGUUAGGUGUAGAUGACAUGGACAUCUUCAAAGGAAUAAGUCUGAAAUUGCUUGCACUGGAGCUUCUUCUGGACAGAAACCCAAAGCUUAGAGAGAAGGUUGUCCUUGUACAGAUCAUCAAUCCCGCAAGAAGCACGGGGAAGGAUGUGCAGGAAGCUAUCACAGAAGCUGUCUCUGUGGCUGAAAGGGUUAACACAAAGUAUGGUUCUUCAAGUUACAAGCCUGUCGUCCUAAUUGAUAAUCGCAUACCGUUUUAUGAAAAGGUUGCAUUCUAUGCCGCGUCUGACUGUUGUAUUGUAAACGCUGUGAGGGAUGGCAUGAACUUAGUACCAUAUGAGUAUACUGUUUGCCGACAGGGAAACGAGGAGAUCGACAGAGUCAGAGGCCUUGACAAAGACACCCAUCACACAAGCACACUUAUUGUUUCGGAGUUUGUGGGUUGCUCCCCAUCUCUGAGUGGUGCUUUCAGGGUAAAUCCUUGGAGCGUCGAUGAUGUGGCGGAUGCCUUGUGCCGCGCAACUGAUCUAUCUGAAUCUGAGAAACGGUUGCGGCACGAAAAGCAUUAUCGCUAUGUCAGUACUCAUGAUGUUGCUUACUGGGCGCACAGCUUUGCUCAAGAUCUGGAAAGAGCAUGCAGAGACCAUUACAGCCGAAGGUGUUGGGCUAUUGGGUUUGGCCUGAAUUUCAGAGUCAUUGCUCUUUCUCCUGGCUUCAGAAAGCUUUCUUCGGAGCACUUUGUUUCUUCUUAUAACAGGGCUUCUAGAAGGGCAAUAUUUCUCGACUACGACGGCACACUUGUGCCCCAGUCGUCAAUCAACAAGGCUCCAAGUGAAGAAGUCAUCUCCAUUCUUAACACCUUGUGUAAUGAUCCAAAGAACGUUGUGUUUAUCGUAAGUGGACGAGGACGUGAUUCCCUCGACGAGUGGUUUUCUCCAUGCGAGAAGCUCCGUCUAGCCGCAGAACAUGGCUAUUUUAUCAGGUGGAGCAAGGAAGCUGCAUGGGAGUCGAGCUAUUCGAGUCCGCGGCAAGAAUGGAAGCACAUCGCUGAACCUGUCAUGCAGGUAUACACCGAGACAACAGACGGAUCUUCAGUCGAGUCGAAGGAGAGCGCUCUAGUGUGGCACUAUUUGGAUGCAGACCAUGAUUUCGGUUCCUUCCAAGCGAAGGAGCUAAAGGAUCAUCUUGAGAGGGUGCUAUCAAAUGAGCCCGUUGUUGUGAAGUGUGGCCAUUAUAUCGUAGAAGUAAAGCCGCAGGGAGUUAGCAAGGGUCGUGCUGUCGACAAGCUGAUUCAAGCACUGGCCAACAACAACGGGAAGGCACAGGAUUUCCUGAUGUGCGUCGGCAACGACAGAUCUGACGAGGACAUGUUCGAAUGCAUCAACGGUAUGGCCUCCAACGAUGUCUCAUCGACCACAGUACCGGAGGUGUUUGCCUGUUCGGUCGGCCAGAAGCCCAGCAAAGCAAAAUACUAUGUGGACGACACCAGCGAAGUGAUCAGAUUGCUCAGGGAUGCAACCCGCUUCUCAUCGUCGCAGCGGAGGGAGGACGUCAACGCCAGCCGCGGGCGUGUGACCUUCAGAGACGCACUCGAUUACGUGGACUAGGCACCAGCAGCAAUUCUUAGUUACUCGAAAUGAUUAGCUGCGGAGCUUGUAAAUUCCGCUGUCUUCUGUCUGCCAAUGGUUUUCGUUCUAGAGAAUUGUAGUGUAGCCGACAUCGACAUGGAUCGUCGUCACCGAUACACGAACAGCGGAAAUAUGAGUUGAAGUUCGCCGUUUCGAGGCUCAGAAUUGGUACAUUUAUAGAAUUGUAGUGUAGGCAAUUUUUUGGUAGGGAAUAGUAAUUGGUACAUUUAUAGAAUUGUCAAUUGUUUUUCUUCUACCGCUGAUAAUACUAUAGCUUCGCUAAAUUAAUAUUAUUGUUUCACUUAGCGAUGAAAUAUAUUUAGCACCACUGAUAUUGAUCAA